AAGUUCCUGAAGCAGGGUGAGUCGACAUCUGCGCGCUGUGACGAGGUGGACUCCCUGAUCAAGAGGGACUGUGCCAAGGUCAGCAUUGAGAACCCCCGCGGUUCCCUGAAGGUCACGGAGAACAAGAACCUCACCUACCGCAACAAGGACUCCCACGAGAAACUCACGCCUGAUGAGAUCACCCGGAUCCAGCCUCAGAAGCUCAACCUCAACCUGCGAUCAGGAGAGGUUCAAAAGUUCACCCUGAAGUACAAGCACGCUGCGGACUACCCUAUUGACCUGUACUACCUGAUGGACCUCAGCUGGUCCAUGAAGGACGAUCUGGAGAACGUCAAGAACCUGGGAACGGACCUGAUUCGCGAGAUGCAGUCCAUCACCUCCGACUUCAGGAUUGGCUUUGGUUCGGUGAACCCGUGCAUUACGGACCAGAACUGCACCAGCCACUUCACCUACAAGAACGUGCUAAGGCUCACGAACCGGGGCGAACACUUCAACCACCUGGUCAGCCAGCAGCAGAUCUCUGGAAACCUGGACUCGACCGAGGGAGGCUUUGAUGCCAUCAUGCAGGUGGCCGUGUGUGGGGAUCAGAUAGGCUGGAGGAAUGUGAUUCGGCUGCUGGUCUUCUCCACUGACGCUGGUUUCCACUUCGCUGGCGACGGGAAGCUGGGGGGCAUCGUCCCGCCCAACGACGGCAAGUGCCACCUGGAGAACAACAUGUACACCUCGAGCCGCCACUACUACGACUACCCCUCCAUAGCCCACCUGGUACAGAAGCUGAAUGAGAACAACAUCCAGACCAUCUUUGCAGUGACCAAUGAGUUCGAGGCUGUCUACAAGGAGUUGCAGAACCUCAUCCCCAAGUCUGCAGUGGGAACACUCUCCUCCAACUCCAGCAAUGUCAUCAAACUCAUCAUUGAUGCCAUCAAUACCCUGUCGUUUGAGGUGAUCCUUGAGAACAGUAAGCUUCCUGAAGGCGUGUCCAUCUCCUACAUCUCCCACUGCAAGAACGGCGUGAGCAAGACCGGGGAGGAGGGCCGCAGGUGCUCCAACAUCUCCAUUGGAGAUGAG